CUCCGGGAAGUCCUCCCCAGAGGGGAGGGAAGUAUGCAGCCCGCCUGCCAGGCGGAUGCGGCCCCUGGGGGGCCGGACUCUGGGGGCCGCAAGCAGGAGGGCCAGGGAAAACCAAGGCUACCCACAUCCAGAAAGAUCUGCUAUGCUCUGGGAGGAGCCCCAUACCAGCUGACUGGCAAUACCAUUUCCUUCUUUCUGCAGAUCUUCCUCUUGGACGUAGUACAGCUGGAUCCCUUCUGGGCCUCUUCUGUUAUCUUCAUCGGCCGAGCAUGGGAUUCAGUAUCAGACCCCAUUGUUGGCUUCCUGGUGAGCAGGAGCCCCCGGAGAAAGUGUGGCAAACUGAUUCCGUGGGUUCUGGGCUCUACCCCCUUUGGCAUCUUGCUGUAUUGCCUCCUCUGGUUCACACCCUCUGACACCCUACCCACCUCCUGGAAGUUCUUCUGGUACCUGACCACCUACUGUUUCUUCCAGACAUGUCUGAGUUGCUACCAUGUGCCAUACACUUCGAUGACCAUGUUCCUGGGAGGAAGCCAGAGUGACCGAGACUCUGCCACUGCCUACAGGAUGGGGAUGGAGGUCCUGAGUACUCUCAUUGGCACUAGCCUCCAGGGGCUGAUUGUGGGCAAAUAUCACGCCAGCAUGACUUUGAACUGCCAGGGACUCAAUGGAUCCCUGUCUAAUGAGACCAUGGGCAACAGUACCUCCCCACUCACUGACACCUUGGAAAACACACGAAUGGCGUAUCUGACAGCAGCCAUGGUCAUCGGGUCCCUCUAUUGCCUGUCCUGCGCGGUCCUUGUCCUUGGGGUGAAGGAGCAGCAAGGGCCACUCAGCACCUUGGACCAGUCCAGACUCCCAUUUGUUUACAGCCUGUUCACUGUCAUGGGCCACAAGCCCUACACUGUCCUCCUAAGUGGAUUCCUCUUUGUCUCCAUGGCAUUCCAGAUGGCCCAGGGGAUCUUUGCCUUCUUCUGCACCCAUGCUGCUGGUCUUGCUGGGAGCUUCCAGUACCUGGUGCUCAUCCUGCUGGUGGUAGCCUCCCUCUCCAUUCCAUUCUGGCAAUUGUUCCUGGUGAAGUUUGGGAAGAAAAGUGCCGUUUUUGUUGGGUUUUCACUCAUCAUCCCAGCCUUCAUUAUUCUCGUCCAAGUGACACACAACUUCCUCACCUUUGCUCUCACCAUGAUCCUGGUGGGCUGCAGCACAGCCGUGCUCUUCUUGUUGCCAUGGUCUAUGCUCCCAGAUGCCAUGGAUGAUUUCCAGCUAAAGAACCCCAGCUGCCAGAACCUGGAAGCAUUCUUCUACUCUUUCUACAUCUUCGUCAACAAGUUUGGAGGCGGUCUGGCCCUGGGCAUCUCCACCAUGAGCUUACACUUUGCAGGCUACCAGGCUGGAAGCUGUGAGCCAAACCCUAUGGUCAGACUGAUUCUCCGUGUGCUCAUGGCUCCUGUUCCUAUCACCUUGUUAAUCAUUGGCUUGACUAUCUUCUGCUUCUACCCCAUUGACGAGGAAAAGAGGAAGGAGAUCAGUGCAAAGAUAGAAGGAGCCAAGGACCCAUUAUGCCAGCAGUUGUGAUGCCAGGAGCCCAAGUUCCACUUUUCAUGAUUGUGAAGAUGGUGCUACAGCUGGAGGAACGAUAAACAUCUGGUGGGGCCUUUUCCUUGCAGCCCUUCCAGGGAAGGUUCCUAUUUAGUCAGCCAUCAAGCUGUGUCAGUCAUUUGAGGAUACGUGCCAGACCCAGAGGGGAAGAAUACACUCAAAGGAACUCCAGGAUAUCUCCUCACAUCCUUCCUGCCUGAAAACAUGACCUCAACAACACAUGCCGUCAGUCCUGGAAAUCCAAACCUCUUCUGUAUGGAGGAAGAAACUGAGACCCAGAGAGAACAACUGAUUUAUCCAAAGCCACACAGGCAGGACUAGCAUGCCGGUCUGACUCCCAAACCCUAUGUUCUUUCCAGGACACAGCAUUGUUUCUCCUCGAAUCUCUAGCUCACUGGGGGCUUUGGGAUAUAUUAACAUAAAAGAGGUUGCAGACAGCGGAAUGCAAGCACAGUCUUAGCCCUACUUCCAGGAGGCCCAUGACAACCACAGCCUUCCUGAAUGCUUACCUCUUUGACAGGACUAGGUCUAUAAGCCUAACCUGUUCUAAAAAGAUUCACAUUUAUAUAGUACUUAAAGAUUGGGGACAUCAAAGGAAGCUGAGGUUCAGAGGGGUAAGAGGAUUUGCCCAGUGACAGAACUGGGAUUAAAAACGUGGUCUUCUGUCUUUAAGUCUUGUGCUCCUUCCACUUUACCUCUCUUUGCCUCA